UCGGGAUCGCCGCGAGAGGGGAAAGUGGCGGGACUACAAUUCCCAUAAGCCUGCGCGAAAAAAGCGUGAGACCUGUGCCUUGUCCCACCUGGGCCAGCUGCUCUGGGGAAUGUGAAUGGUCUGCGGUGGCGGCGGCAGGGAGGAGGCUGCUGCUAUAGCUGCAGCCAUGGAUAUAUUUGGUGACCUGCGGCGAAUGAACAAGCGCCAGCUCUAUUACCAAGUCUUAAAUUUUGCCAUGAUUGUGUCUUCGGCGCUGAUGAUAUGGAAAGGCCUUAUUGUUAUCACUGGGAGUGAGAGUCCUAUCGUUGUAGUGCUCAGUGGCAGCAUGGAGCCAGCCUUUCACAGAGGAGAUCUGCUGUUCUUAACAAACUUCCGGGACGACCCCAUCAGGGCCGGGGAAAUAGUGGUUUUUAAAGUCGAAGGCAGAGAUAUUCCGAUUGUACACAGAGUAAUCAAAGUCCACGAAAAAGAAAACGGCAACAUCAAAUUUCUGACCAAGGGCGACAAUAAUGAAGUUGACGACAGAGGCUUGUACAAAGAAGGCCAGAACUGGCUUGAGAAGAAGGACGUCGUUGGCAGAGCACGAGGGUUUUUGCCGUAUGUUGGAAUGGUGACCAUAAUCAUGAACGACUACCCAAAAUUUAAGAUAUCAUUCCCGUUUCAUAUUUCUGAGGGCAGCAUCUUGCUUUGCAUCAAGGAUCACGUUGGAGAAUUUUUGCGAGCUACGCUCUCUUGGCUGUCAUGGGCGCGUAUGUCCUCCUGAAACGAGAAUCAUAAAAGACUGAACAUGGAACUGCCUUGCGCAACUCUUGAGCAUAGAUAUACAAAGAGAUACUAAUAUAUUUGAACCGUCCCUGUGUCUACAAAAUAUUUCAUGGUCCGCAGACAAUACUGUCCCAAUGAAUUUUCCUGUCCGUGCCACAAUCUUAAAAACCCAAUUUUUUGUGCAUAAGUCCUACUGGUUGCGUCUGAACGAGCCAAUAAGUGUUCUUACAACGGGAUUACAAACACUGUCCACUGGUAUUUUGUUUACAAUAUUGUUUUGAUUUUCAUGUUUUCACGGUUGCUUUUCAGCAAGGGAUAUAAAUGGGCAGAGUGACUGGGAUGGAAGUGGGGUGGGGAGGGUCAAUAUCAUGGAAAUUUCAGCGCUCAGGGUGGGGCAGGGGGCUGGUUAAACAUUCCAAAACGGAUCUACACUGCAUGAUAUAUAUAUCAAACUUGUUUGUGAGAGGAGACUUUUUUGUGGUUGUUGUGACAAAAUAAAAAUUGUACUGCUGGACUGGGCUUGUCUGAGAAGAGCAGGUUGACAAUCUUGGCUCUCAGUAGCUUGAGAUGAGAUUGUGUUAUUCUCUCAUAGACGGGGAAGAGCCCCCCCUGCAGAUUCAUUGAGGUGGUCCUGCUCCUCCCUCGGUAGCACAGUCAUCUGCAUCAUUCUGCCCAUGAGAACCUGGACCACACACAAGAUGCAGAUGCAUGAGAAAAUUGUCAACCAGUAACCAACCAGGAACAUUCCUGUGUUUGAAGACGCCCACACUGCCUUGUGUGAAUUAGCAACAGAGGCAGCUCACGUCUUCCAGUGUGUGAUCCAGGAGAUCCUAAACCUCUGGAAGACGGAUCAGGUCCACUCAAGCCUUCUGAGAAGCUGAUGUGGCACCCCAGGAUGUCAGUGUACAUCAUUGAUCUCCCUUUCCCCCAGGAAUAAAAUACUGGGUGAGAAGGAUGGAUAUACUUACUUACUAAACAACCCAGAAACGGCACAAUCUGAGCUACGUGUGGAUUUUUGACAUGCAGUUGUGCACAUGUAUACAUCUUCUGCAGACUGGAGUGUCUUCUUGGGGUAGGGGGAAGGAAUCCCAUAGUUUGGAGGACACUCCAAAGCCCAACUCUUGAGAAAAACCAACCAAAAUGUGGGGAAUUUUUGGGUCAUCUGGAACUCUUGGUUAGGCAGGAUGUUACCCAAAACUAGGUGGUAGGAUUGAGUUGGGAAGGCAAGGCAAAAUGUUGUAUCCAUGAGGUAAAAUAAUAAGGCAUUAUCCAACCAAGUUUUUCUCUUAUGGACCAAUACUUUUGCUUUAUAAUGUGGAAAGUGAUGCUGAGGUACGAGUAUUAUGGAUUGUUCCAAGAUUCACCUGUAGAAAUUAAUAGACCUGCAGAAAUGUAGCAUAAAGAGCUUUCUUGUGGGUGAUACUGUUUUUUAAAGAAAGAAUUAUGUUGGUCCGCAUCUACCCUGCCAGCAUAAACUUGUCCAACAGUUGUGGCUUGUUCCAAAUCUCUCCCGGGAAAUGGCAUUUUGUAUCGGUGCUCAGAAUCUCCACUUCUCCACACUGUCCAUGUUAAGAGCACUCCUCCUGCCCAUUUUGGCUUUUUACGACCCCUUCAUGGCCUUAGAGAAGUCACUUUAACAAUGUGAAUAAUAUUUGUGCGCGUGGUUUUUUUAUAAUUAUUAUUUUUGAAAAAUACUUUUGCCUUUCUGCAUAAUCACGGUUAUAAAUGUUGUCCGUUCCACGGAUCUGCCUGCCUUUAAAAGGAAAAACAAAAAGUAAAGAAAAUUCACUGUUUCAAAGAUUUGUAACAUCUGUCUGAAAGGACCUACAGAAAAGCGUUAAGUGAAAAGUGGAAGUUCAGCUGGGUCUUUGGGUUAUGUGACAUAAUAAAUGUGGUGCCCUGAAAACAUCUCAUUCAUUUGUCUUAUCAUGCUAUGCAAUAAUAUCAUUAAAGACUUGCUGUCUCGGUUUA